CGUACACGGUAGUUUACCGCGUAUUUUCGAGAUGUAGGUUAUGAUCUCUCUUCGGUUGCGCUUAUCUCCGGCUUUCGCCGAGGGGCGACUUCCGGUGCCGUUUGCGCGCAGAUUUUUUGAAUUUCGGUUUCGCGCACUUUUUCCUCUCCUCGCAAGCAGAAGCUUUUCGCUCUCGAGGGAAGCGCUUUGUUCGCGAAGUGGAGUAGGCAAUCUGGAGCGAAAGUUUCGAGUUUGUACCUACUCCUUUUGUUGAAAUAUCGCGUUAAAGAUGCGCGAGGUUAUUUAUAAUUCAUUAGAGCUUCGCAGCGCGCAUUUUCUAAAACGCUCCGAUUUGUUAAUUUAAAUAAAUAAUCACGUAUUUCUCGAUUGUGAAUAAUCCUCCCUUCGACUUACCAACGAAAGUUUUGAUUAUUACGCUAAUCACUGGAUUCGAUCAGCCCAAGGUGGUGUUGAGCUUUGAAACGUUCUUUACAUAAUUACUUUCUAAUCAGAGCGCGAGCUUGCAAACUUGCGCUUGUUAAAAACUUUGCCCACACAUGUGAUUGCAGGUUUUAGAAACGGAAUAUAAAAUUCUGUCAUCAGAUCUCGCAACAUCUCAGGAAUAUUUUAUAGGCUGUGUACCGUAUACACGGAAAAACGUAUCCAAUCAGGACAUUGCAUGUCCAUAUAUUUUCUCACAGACUCGGCAAUUAUUUUAAGUGGGUGUUGUGGCGUAUCAUCAAAGUCCGCGACUCGUAUAUUAUAUUUCACGAAUAUACUGUACAGUCUUUACAUACUCUUUAUGCCUCCGAGACACACGUGUGCCAGUUUCUCUCUCUCUCUCUCUCUAUUAUUGAAGAGGAACUAGACAGUUUUAUGAAACUCGAUUGGGUCUUGAAUGCAGGUGUGAGAAUAACAGUAGUGUGGGCCUUUGUGCAGCAGUAGCAGCAGCAGCAGCAGCAGCAGCAGCAGCUGACCCUGUCCUCAAAAUGCUAUUUCCUUCUUUAAACUGCACUGAAGGAGGUCAAGUACCAUUACUCCGGCUAAUCUUGACUCGUUAAAAUUCUUUGCCAUUGUUACACGUAUACGUGUAACGUGUCGUCGAUGUGUCCGACGAUUUAAUUAUCUUAUGUGCGCGCUUCGGCCUCACACACGUGUCUCAGCCAAGGAAAAUAGAGGAUGUCCCUUAUCUCAUCAUCGCUUAUUCCCAAUAUAUCGAUUCCCGCCUGCAUCGAGCGUAAUCUCCGCACCGACGUGGCUCCGAAGACGGCGGAGAACUUCCGGGCCUUGUGCACCGGCGACAAGGGCUUCGGCUACAAGGGCAGCAGCUUCCACCGGGUCAUCCCGAACUUCAUGUGCCAGGGAGGCGACUUCACGAACCACAACGGCACCGGAGGCAAGUCCAUCUACGGCACCAAGUUCGAGGACGAGAACUUCCAGCUGAAGCAUACCGAGCCCGGUAUUCUGUCGAUGGCCAACGCUGGGCCCAACACCAACGGCUCGCAGUUCUUCAUCACCUGCGUCAAGACCAAUUGGCUGGACGGCAAGCACGUGGUCUUUGGAAAGGUCGUCGAGGGCAUGGAGGUCGUUAGGAAGCUGGAGGCAAUGGGCUCGCAGAGUGGCAAGACAUCCAAGAAGAUCGUGGUGCAGGACUGCGGCGAGAUCAAGUCGUAAAAAGGACGCGCACAGAGUCAUAUCAAGCCGGAAAGCUCGAGUGUGAGAACGCAGCCAGUGGAUUCAUCCUCGUCAUCAUAUCCGCCUCGCCUCUCGCUUGGGAUCUCAUGACAUUGCGUCGACUUAUUCGUUGACCUUCUUUCCUGAUUUAGCCCCGAGCUCAAACGUUAUGAGCACUGUAUCCACGAGUAUAUCUAUAUGCAUAUACGAUACGCGACUCUCCUUCUGGAGCUUUGAGCGGAGGAGACGCGAAAAAGCACAUAAUGCACAUGUACGGCGUGAACGAGCACAGAAUCUAUAUCCGAAGCAGCAUUUAUGAGAGACAGAGAAGCUUAUAUACUAUCCAUUUCCGGUGUAUCGAUUUUCUUUACUCUGUAUGUCCUAAAUAGUGCAUUUUUUUCAUAACUUGUUUUCGAUACGUUGCGUCGCACUCUUCUCGGUUUCUGCGGAUAUGCGUAUAGGCGAAGAGUGUGGCGGUAACGAUCAAUGUUAGUAUCAAUUUCUACGAAAUAAAGUUGUUUUCAAAAACCA